AUGAAGCUUCUUGCCGUUACCCUCGCUCUGCUCGCCGCCUCGGCUGCUCCGGCUGCGGCCAUGUCUCGCUGGUGCUCUCACCCUGGUCAGCCCUGCUACAAGAUGAAGCGUACUACCGACAUAUCCUCCGAGGUCAAGCGUUCUGCUGAGGCCCUCGCCGAGGCCAUGGCUGAGGCUCAACCCGAGGCCAUGUCUCGUUGGUGCUCUCACCCUGGUCAGCCCUGCUUCAAGGUCAAGCGUGCCACCGAUGCGGUCGAUGAGGUCAAGCGCUCUGCCGAUGCCCUUGCUGAGGCUAUGGCUGCUCUUGAGGAUGAGGAAUAA